CAGUAGUAUCUCCUACACGUUAUAAUCCUGACUUCGCUGCCCCACACCCCAAAACCUUAUCUACUAAUCACUCUCCUGCAAUCUCCAUCGCUCUCUCUCAAGCACACACUUUUCUUCACUUCUUGCUACAUUCUGAUGUUAUAUAUAUCUUUGCUAUCUACUUAAAUUUUCUGUUUAGUAAUUUCAGUUAUGGCAGCUAUAAUACCCUGCCACUGCUGUUCUUCUCUCGCUAACUCCAAAUUUACAGUCCGAUCUAGAAACCAAUUUCGCUGGGCAAACACUUUGCAUAGCAAUGUUGCUUGGUGGGCUAGGCGACCAGGAUCCGGAUGCUCUAUUAAGAACUUCAAUCAACCUCAGUUUCAUAAUAAAGAGAAAGGAAAGUCAUUUUCGUUAAAGGAAUGUGCAAUUUCUCUUGCUUUGGCGGCUGGGUUGAUAGCCGGGGUUCCUUCAUUGGAUUGCUCUAGUAACGCAUAUGCAGCUACUCCUGCAUUGCCUGAUCUUUCUGUUUUAAUAUCUGGACCUCCAAUUAAGGACCCAGGAGCAUUAUUAAGGUAUGCUCUUCCAAUUGAUAAUAAAGCUAUUAGGGAAGUGCAAAAACCACUUGAGGAUAUCACAGAGAGUCUCAAGAUCGCUGGAGUCAAAGCACUUGAUUCCGUGGAGCGAAAUGUUAGGCAGGCAUCUCGAUCUCUUAAGCAGGGGAAGAGUUUGAUUAUAGCAGGCUUGGCUGAAUCAAAAAAGGACCAUGGAGUUGAACUGCUUGACAAGCUAGAAGCUGGAAUGGAUGAGCUUCAACAGAUUGUUGAGGAUAGGAACAGAGAUGCAGUUGCACCAAAACAGAAAGAGCUGCUUAAUUAUGUCGGAGGUGUUGAAGAGGACAUGGUAGAUGGGUUCCCUUAUGAAAUCCCAGAAGAAUACAGAAGUAUGCCUACAUUGAAGGGGAGAGCAGCUGUGGACAUGAAGGUCAAGGUUAAAGACAAUCCCAAUUUAGAUGAAUGUGUGUUCCACAUUGUUCUAGAUGGCUACAAUGCUCCAAUAACUGCUGGGAAUUUUCUAGAUUUGGUGGAACGGCACUUCUAUGAUGGCUUGGAAAUCCAGAGAGCGGAUGGCUUUGUUGUUCAAACUGGAGAUCCUGCAGGUCCUGCAGAGGGUUUUAUUGAUCCUAGUACAGAGAAAACUCGGACAAUACCAUUAGAAAUCAUGGUGAAUGGGGAGAAAGCACCUUUCUAUGGAGCAACGCUGGAAGAGCUUGGUUUAUAUAAGGCUCAGACAAAGCUUCCAUUCAAUGCAUUUGGAACAAUGGCCAUGGCCAGAGAGGAAUUUGAGAACAACUCAGCUUCAAGCCAGGUAUUUUGGCUAUUGAAAGAGAGUGAACUGACUCCCAGCAAUGCAAAUAUAUUGGAUGGCCGGUAUGCUGUUUUUGGUUAUAUAACUGAAAAUGAGGAUUAUUUGGCUGAUCUUAAGGUUGGUGAUGUCAUAGAGUCAAUGCAAGUGGUUUCUGGCCUGGAUAAUUUAGUUAAUCCAAGUUAUAAGAUUGCAGGCUAGGCCUCUGACACAUUUUCGGUAAGUAUAUCAUGAAUGAAUGAGAGUUAGUUGACCUUUUCCAGCAAAUUUGGUGAUAUGAAGGUACAAUACUGCUGUAUGUUAGGCAGUUUCCGAACUUGCCAUUUGUUUUUUAUUCAAUUAUAUCCUUUCAUUUUGGAAACGUCUUGGUGUAAGUUAAGAAUGUAUUUCUUGAAUGGAGCCAACUCCUUCAUUGAUUCAUUUCAUAUUACAAGCAUUCUCAGUUUUUUCA